UUUACUGAGAUUUUUGUUUCAUUUAAAUUUAAGCGCUUUAUAAAUUUACGAUAAUAACGUUUAUAGUCUCCAUCCAUCUGUAUCUAAUAUGAUAAUGAUAAUAAAAAUACACUACAGAGCGUUUUGAAGACUUCAAGAAGAGAAGAAAGAGAGAAGAUUAACUUUUAAUAGUCUUAAUUUUUUAUUUAUUUAAAAAAAAAUGUAAACUUUUUCUAUUGGAAAUUUAGGAGAAGAAUAACAACUAAAAAAUAGAAUUUUUUAAAAACACAUACGAAUAAUUUUUUUAAAAUAAAUUUGUAAUAAAAUAAACCUAACGAUGGCUAUUAUAUGGAAGAUUUCAUUCUACUCGCUACUGCUGCUGCUGCUGCUGCUACUGAUGCCUAGCUUCUACUACCACCACCCCACCAUCACACUAGCCUGCCUUUCAAAACCGGAUAGUACUCCAACAACUACAAUGUCUCCGUUUCUUCCAGCGACCACCACUUCCAGAGGCGAGACUCUUUGCACGGAGCAAGAAAAGAAUAUACAAAAGUGUUUGAACGGAGCAACGUGCAAGGUGUCUCUAACCAGCAAUGGAGGUAGAACUCUAUAUUGCCAAUGCCUGUCUGGAUACGAAGGGGUACGAUGCGAAUUACAGAGUUCACCUUUAUUUCGUUCGUCAAUGGCAGGAGCACUAGACGCCCCAGUUAUUGUUGGGAUCGUUGCUGGUGUCAUCGUCCUCUUAAUCCUUACAUCCACAAUCAUCUUCCUCAUCGUAAAGAAAAUGAGGAAGGAUAGCAGGCCGCAACUGGACUACGCCCUUGAACCAUCACAUCAAGAGUUUCCGCCUCUCAAGAAACCCGCACCGUCAUCCAAUUAUGCAAUAUCAAGAGGCAUGACAAACUAUGGCUCCCCGUACGAGAGAAGCAUCGUCAACCAAGGUUUCAUUCCAGACGAUUACAUACCUACAACAAAAACUACAACUGCACAACCUACAAAAUCAAACAUUUAUGACAAUAACAACAGCAACAACCAUAAUAAUAAUAAUAAAAAUAAUAAUAAUAAUAAUAAUGAUAAUAAAAAAUCCAAACCAACAAAAUCAACAACCACUUCUGCUAGCCACAAAACUAGCGCCUCGCCAACUCAACUUUUCACAAUAUCAGAUGGUUCUGGAACGAGGAGGAGCGGUGUGAUCAUUACCGACGACGCAACAGACCGGGCUUCAAAUGCAUCCUCACGACCGACCUCAGGUGCCGGCUCUUUGCACUACACUUCCGGCUUGACGUCGCUACAUGUCGCUCCGGUUGCUUAUAAGGAGACGACACUUUAA